GUAAAAGCAUAAACAGUAGUAAAAUGAAAUCAAAACUCGUUAUAGAUAAAGUCUUUUAUUGUGGUUUGUAAAGUAAAUAUAAAUGUAUAAAACGAAGAUGGAACUGUGGUUUAUGGUACUUUGGAUGCUCCCACAAGACUGUAGUAUUUUGCUGUAAUCACGAUAGUAAGGCUCUUAUAAACCAGCUGGCUAUUUGUUUAUCUUUCUGGAACUGAUUCAAUUCCCCAAGAGCCAUCAGGAGCCUAAUAGUUAAGGACCUAAUUUUCACAAGAUUGAAAAUGCUCUCGCAUACUAUAAUGACAAGUAGCCCUCAAUUCAUCUACUAGAAGGUUUUAAAGAAGAAAAAAAAAAAAAAUUACCGAUAUAGAUUUCCUUUCUUUACUUCCAUUCUCAGUCGUCUUCCUUGUUGGACCUUGACGCCCUUUGACUUAUACUUAAAUAAUUAGGACAAACCAAAAAAAGAAAAGAAAGAAACUCUUCAACUCUGAUUAUAAAAGAAAAAAAUUACUAUUAGAAGUGGAUUUGAGUUCAACGACGUAUUUAUUUUUACAAGUUUUCGACAGCUUGCCAUCUACUGUACUCAUAUGUUUUGAAACGGUAGAAUGAGCUCUAGAAAACCGCUCAAGGGUUUCGUUAUAUGUUGUACUAAUAUUGAAUUAAAUAAACGUACGGAAAUUUCAACGAAAGCAAUAAAACUUGGCGCCUCUUAUAAAUCUGAUUUGACAAAAGAUGUAACUCACUUAAUUGCUGGAGAUUUUGAUACCCCCAAGUAUAAGUUUGCUGCAAAAUCUAGACCAGAUAUGAAAAUUGUCUCUCAAGAAUGGAUCCCAAGGCUUUACGAUAGAUGGGUCGAAGGUGAAGACUUAGAGUCGGAUUUACUGAUCAGCAAGUUUACUUUGCCAGCUCUUUUUAAAUGUCGGGUAUGUCUUACAAAUAUAGAGCAGCCAGAGCGAUUUCAACUUGAAAAUACUGUUUGUGAAAACGGAGGUACAUUUUGUCCUGAUUUAACUCGCGAUGUCACACACUUAAUUGCUGGGAGUACCGCUGGUCGGAAGUAUGAAUAUGCUCUUCGGUGGAAGAUUAGAGUUGUCUGUGUACAAUGGCUAUGGGAAUCUUUAAAAAGGGGUGCUGUCCUAGAGCCAGAGUACUUUCAAAUGGAUAUGCCUCCAGAACGCAUUGGACGUGGUGCGUACAUUAAAUUGGCUCCGGAGGAAAACAAAAACAGUCAAAAGAUAUACGAUGAAAACUUAUCUUCUGACCUAAAUCAUAUCAAAAAUAAGCAUAUUUCCGAAGAUACAGAGCUAGAACCAGUCGUUAUGAAACGAGGCAAGAAAAGGGAAAGUAGUAUCCUCUGGAGUGAGCUGAACACAAAAGACUUAGAAAAUUCAUUUACAGCUCAAAAUGUUUCCCUUUUAGAUGAAUUCACACCUGAAGUUUUCCAGGCACCUGAGGAGAAAGAACUGUCUACAACUAUAGAAAUGAAUACAGAACCUCGGCUAUUUGACAAACUUCACUUCUUUCUACAUAGAUUUGAGGAUGAUAAAUACAAUCGUCUGAAAAAGUGCCUGAAUAGAGAAGGAGGGCAUGCAUCGUCGACCUUAGAAGCUACAACCAAUUUUGUUGUCGUCCCUCAUCAUCUGCCAAUCGAAGAAAUUCCUACUUUUCCUGUUCCUACCAUAACUGAAUGGUGGGUUGAAAGAUGUUUGUUUUUCAAAAAAGUACUCCCUGUUGAUGAGCAUGUAUUAUCGAAGCCAUUUUAUCGUCCUUAUUUUAACCAUGAAUUUGUCGGUAUAAGUAUUCACCUUUCUGGGUUUAAAGGUGUAGAAAGCUCACACCUAAAAAAGGCAUUGGUACUUUGCGGAGCUACUGUUGAUAAUUUUUUAGGCGUGCAAAGAAGCGUGUUGCUUAUAAACACAAACGAACCCUUUAGCAUGAAAACAAGAUAUAAAAUCCAACAUGCCACUGGUUGGAAUGUUCGCGUGUUGGGAAUCUCAUGGCUAUGGCACAUAUACCGAACCGGCAAAUUUACAGAGGACAUAUCCCCUUGGGCGAUUGACAAAAAGGAAAAUCAAAAACUCAAACGGUUUGAGCAUUUACGUAAGGUCGCUCAGUCAAGUGAGAAAUCCGUCCUUAAAGAUGAUGCUCCGUUUGCUAUUCUACCAAAUGCUCAGUCUACACCUGCGCCGAAUUUUAUAUUUGAGCAUUAUAGAAAUUCGGCAAAGCAGCCGCACAGGUCCAAGACAACUUUUAAUGAUACUGAUGCGAGUUUAAAGGGAUCUCCAACAAAGAAAAUUAGGUCCGUAACGGAACCAACCACUGAUUCUAACGCUCGUUUGAACAAUGAUCUGAGUGAAGAUGCAUUAAAUAAGCAAGAACAAGAAAGUGUCUCAUACGUUGAUCCGGACGCACAGAGAGAAAAACAAAAAAUAUAUGCUCAGCUGACUUCAAACUUUAAUGAUUCCUUUCCAUUGAUUAAUGAGUUUUCUUCUCAAGACAAUACCUCUAUUUUAAUAAGCAAGGAAAAACGUAAUUUACGACCGAGGUAAAGCUGACCAAUAAUUUAUUACAAAGUUAUAUAAAUUUACUGUUUCC